AUGCAGCUGAAGUUCGAGAAGAAGGAGGACGCGAUCCGCUUCUGCAAGACGCAGGGCUACAAGUUCGAGGUGAGCGAGCUUCCUCCGCAGAUUCCGCCGGUGCACAAGCAGUACGCAGACAAGAUCCAGCCGCCCGCCGUGCUGGCGAAGAUGAGAGCUCUGGGACCGAAGAAGGCUCGCAGCAUCUGGGCGUACGAGGAGCCGUGGAAUCCGCACUGGAUUAAUCGGUAUCAUAACGACUAUGCCGAGGAGAAGUGGGACGCUUCGAGAUUUUAG